AAUGAAGACAAGUGAUAAAAUUGGAAUGAACUUGGUGAAAAAGAUAAGGAAAAUAAGAAAAUAGAAAUGGAAUUUACUGUGAACGUUUGAGCAUUCAAGUACGUUUAUUUUGUGAGAUUACAAUGGGAAAUUCCAUUAAUUAUUAUCUUCUCCAUCCGGAAACAACACCUCACGACAAGUCUCCGAUAAAAUUUGAUCCUCUAGCUGGCUUUCCUGAAGGAGCUAGAAAAGUAAAAGAAUUCAAAGUGACAAAGGCGGAGCUUGAAUCUAUGCAAGUAUCUGAAGAGUAUAUCGACUAUUGUUUGCAUAAACAGCUACGAUGGAAAUCUUGCCAAGCCGAUCAUAUGCCAUUUGUGUCGGUCUGCAGUCCUCAAUUGCACGCAUAUCAGGCUUGCAUGUUCGAAGAACAUAAAGAUAGAAUGCGAGAUUACGAAAGAGAACGUAGGAUUUUGCAAAGAAAACAACGUCGUCUGGAAAAAGAAAGGGAAAAGCAACAAGAAGUUUUGAGUGCUGCUUGAAUUAUGAUACAAUUAGAAAAGUAUUCAUCGAUAUGUAUGGUAGUUUUCUCUUUUAAUUUUCGUUUCGAAAUUUUUUCUGUUUGUAAAUACGCUGUUUAGAAAAUGUAUUCGUGUGAGUUAAAAUAAAGCUCAUUUCGAUUCUUGAA